AUGGACGGCCCCGAUCAGAUCGGUCCUGACCAUGGACCGCGACAGAGUGUUGGCGAUAAGUUUCGGAGGUUUGUAAAGGCUUUUACUACGAAAGAGGGUCUCAUUGGAAGUUAUGAUUAUGCGUACCUCUUCACCCCGCGUCUCCCGUUCACAAAGCGUGAGCGCAAAUCUACACCUUUCUUCGGUUUGGAGGAUCGCAUGCCAAUUCUGCUGGCCUUGAUUCUGGGUCUUCAACAUGCACUUUCUAUGUUGGCUGGUGUCAUUUCGCCUCCUAUCAUUCUCGGUGGAUCCUCGGGUGUCAAUUUUGGCGACGAGAUCUAUCAAUACCUCGUGUCGACCUCGUUGAUUACUUCGGGCCUUUUAAGUGCUAUGCAAAUGGCUCGUUUCCAUGUCUAUGGUACCAAGUACUAUAUCGGAACAGGCCUGCUGUCAGUUGUCGGAACAUCCUUCUCCACCAUCACCGUAGCCACCGGCGCCUUCACCCAAAUGUAUAAAUCGGGCUACUGUCCCCUCGACGCAGACGGCAACCGACUCCCCUGCCCGAAAGGCUACGGCGCCCUCCUCGGAACAUCCUGUCUCUGCGCGCUCCUCGAAAUCGGCCUCUCCUUCAUGAGCAGCCGCAUCCUCUCCCGCGUCUUCCCACCCAUGGUCACCGGUCCCACAGUCCUCCUCAUCGGCGCUUCGCUCAUCAAAACCGGCAUGCAAGACUGGGGCGGUGGUUCCUCCUGCGUCCCCGCUUCUUCAACCGCAACGAGACCCAUGUGUCCGAGCGCUGAUGCUCCACACGCCUUGCCCUGGGGUAGUCCCGAGUUCAUCGGGUUGGGAUUCCUGGUUUUCGUGACGAUUAUCCUUUGCGAACGGUUUGGCCCGCCUAUUCUGAAGAGCUGUGCUGUUGUCGUUGGUUUGUUGGUUGGAUCUAUUGUUGCAGCGGCUUGCAAUUACUUCCAGAACUCCGGGAUUACUGCGGCUCCUGUUGCGUCGUUCGCUUGGGUGCAUACUUUCCCCUUGUCCAUCUACCCACCACUGAUCCUACCACUAUUGGCGCUGUACCUCGUUAUCAUGAUGGAGUCCAUCGGCGACAUCACCGCGACCUGCGACGUCUCCCGACUAGCAGUCGCAGGCGCAACAUUCGACUCGCGUAUCCAGGGCGGCGUCCUCGGCAACGGAAUCACCUGUCUCCUCGCGGGGCUAAUGACAAUCAGUCCUAUGUCCGUCUUCGCGCAGAACAACGGCGUCAUCGCCCUGACAAAAUGCGCAAAUCGCACUGCCGGGUACUGCUGCUGCUUCUUCCUCGUGAUUAUGGGUAUAUUCUCCAAAUUCGCCGCCGCGUUGGUCGCAAUCCCGUCCGCCGUGUUGGGCGGCAUGACAACUUUCCUUUUCAGCAGUGUGGCUAUCUCCGGUAUUAGGAUUAUCUCCACGAUUGAUUUCACCCGUCGCAACCGGUUCAUUCUGACUGCAACUUUCGCGCUGGGUAUGGGUAUUACGCUUGUGCCGGAUUGGUGGGCGUAUGUGUUCUCGUAUAGUGGUGAUAACCAUGCUUUAGAGGGACUGUUGAAUGCCGUGGAUUUGGUGAUGGAGAAUGGUUUUGCUGUUUGCGCUAUUCUGGGAGUGUUCUUGAAUUUGGUUAUUCCUGAGGAACCGGAUGAUGUUCCUGCGGUGUUUAAUGCGAGUGAGUCGGAGGAUGGUCAGACUCAGACGGUGACUCCUACACAGGGCUCUGAGAAGAUGCAGUAG